AUGGAAAGCCCGCACGACAUAAUUACAUCUAAAAGGGAAGCCAUACGCUUCCCGUGCGUCUUAGUACUAGACUACUUGUUGCACGUAAAUCUCGAGAUAAUAAAAAAAAAAAAAAAAAAAAAGGAUCACAUCAAUAGUGGAUUGUUGUAA